GCUCUUGUUCUUGAGGUUUCUCCACCAUAUGCACCUUCACUUUUUUCUUUGCCAAUAUCAUUUAACGAUUAGUAUGGGUCUAUCCCUCAAGAAAUUUGCAAAUGAUGAGCAGAAUGAUAAUGUUGGUCCGAUGAUAAAUGAACUCUAUGAAAGUCAUUUUAAGAAUACGGAGAACUGGAAAUUUGCUCAAUUUUGCCGUGUAGUCUGCCUAACAGUCGAAGAUAUCAACGAAAAGCUGGGGAGUACACAGUUUAGGGUGCCAAAGAUUGAGGAACUCCAGCGACUAUACGACAAAUAUCUCAUAAACAAAGGAUCAAAAUCGUUGACACCGGAAGAGUAUCAGAACAUGCUUAAAGAAAUCAUUCUUGAUACAAAAGUUACCGGCUCUGGAGCCAAAGACGUAUUGUUGUACUUGUUUGGAGUUCCUGUCACUGCUUUAUUCAUUAAGCAAAGCUUUAUUCCACAAGCCAUUCCUAAUGAGAUCUUUAUUCCUGGCAUCACUUCUGCAACUGUUUUUCUUCUAGCCAAACUCCACAAGAUUUAGAACGUCUCUUAUAGAACUUGUGAAAAUCUCCACUUCUGUACUUGGUUUCUAUUCAAUUUCUGAUUUAUUUCUUAUUUCCGUCGUGUAUGUUUUAAACACGAUCAUAUCAAAAUUGUGAAAUAUGCUUAUUUAAAUCUAUUGAUCACCAUUUACUUUUAAUAA